ACUUUUUUUAAACUUUUCCACCACCCAAACACACUCUUCUUCUUUAUUCCUCUUUUUUUUCAUUCCCUUUAAAAUUCGUCAAAUCCAAAUCAAAUUAACUUAUUCUUCUUUUUUUCUACCAAAACAAACAAUGAACAAUCCACCCACGAGGAACUCCGAUUCCUCGUCUCACUUCGAUUCUCCUCACUCUCCUCUCCGAUUCCGAUCCUCUCCACUCUCCGACGGCGGCGAUCCUUUCCACUCCACCGAAAACUCGCCGGAAACUGACCACCGAGAUAACUCCAGAGCAAUCAUAAUCAUCGAGCCUUCAAUACAACACUCUCAAGUAUCAGUCCCCGUACCGGAUUCCGAGCACCGGAACCCGCCGGUGAAUGAACAACCGGCGGUGGUGGUUAACAGAACCAUAAGAAAUGAUCCUCCACUUACCGCAACGAAUAUGGGAGCGUCAGCCACCGGAGCAGGUCGUGUAGACGGAGGCGGUAGGGGAAGACCAAGGACAACGGCGGUGACGCCGGCGUGGUCGAAAAGUGAUGUGAUGACAGGAAAGGUUGCGUUAGGGUUCCGAUUAAGCGAAGUGGUGCUUUGUCUGAUUUCGUUUUCUGUUAUGGCUGCGGAUAAGACUCAAGGUUGGAGUGGUGAUUCCUUUGAUCGCUACAAAGAAUACAGGUAUUGUUUGUCAAUGACGGUUAUUGGGUUUGUAUAUGCGGGGUUUCAAGCGGGUGAACUGGCUUAUCAACUUAUCAGGGGAAAACACAUAAUCAAUCACCACCUGCGUUUUCAUUUUGAUUUCCUCAUGGAUCAGGUUCUGGCAUAUCUUCUGAUAUCAUCAGCAUCAUCAGCAGCCACAAGGGUUGAUGACUGGCAAUCAAAUUGGGGGAAAGAUGAAUUCACAGAGAUGGCUAGUGCUUCUGUUGCAUUAGCCUUUCUUGCUUUUAUCGCCUUUGCUAUUAGCUCACUUAUCUCCGGUUACAAUCUCUGUAAUCGCUACCCUUAGCAAUACUUUAACCUUAUACUACUAUUUAUAUCUGUUUAUAUUUUUUCUGUAUUUUUUUCUUUCUUACUGCUGAUGAGAAAUGCAUUCAAAAUAACAGAGUCCCAUGAAUUUUUACCUGUAUAGACUAUAGACAGACUUUUGUACACAUACCUUGCAAGAUGUUGGAAGUAUGAUGAUGAAGAUUUUUGUCCUGAUUUAGAAUACAAUUUAAUUUUUUUAUUUGGA